CACUAUUAGUGAAAUCAGUCUUCAUUCUUCAAGAUUGAAGUCCACAAACUUGAUCUUAACAAUUCUUCCUCUUUUUCAUUUUCUCUGAGACCAUAGAGUCACAGAACCUUUGGAGCAAUUAUUAAUCUCUCUGUAGCGACUCUCAUCAUUAAUAGAAGUUUGAGUGUACUUCCAACGACAGCUGAUUGACAUGGAGAACGUCGAGAAAACUACUUCCCUUGCAACUCUUUCCACUCAAUGCAAUCCUCCAUCUAAUAAUGAGGAAUUUGUGGGCUUUGAGGAGGAUAUAAAACAGAUAAUUCAGAAAUUGACUGGAGGAACAAAAGAACGGAACAUUAUCUCGAUUGUUGGAAUGGCUGGACUAGGUGAAAAGCGCGGCAUCAAAGGGGAUGAGGACGCCGCUGAUGCGUAGAAGAAGGCACAAUUUGGCAAUAGAUACCUCAUCGUUUUGGAUGAUAUAUGGAACUAUGAGGCAUGGGAAGAUUUGCAAUUAUCUUUCCCUAGUGUGGAAUAAGGAAGUAGAAUAAUGGUAACAACUCGAGAUGAAAAGGUGGCAAAGCUGUACACUGAUCCUUAUUUUCUUCGAUUCCUAAUGGAUGAAGAGAGUUGGGAAUUAUUGCAAAAGAAAGUAUUUAAAUGUGAGCGCUGUCCGUCGGAGCUACAGGAGGCAGGACUUGAAGUUGCCAGAAACUGUAAAGGACUGCCUCUUGUGCUUGUCUUGAAUGCUGGAAUUAUCGCACAAAAGGAAAGGCAAGUCUCUGUGUGGCAAGAUUUUGCAAAGGAUUUAAGUUCGCAUGGUUUAGAAGAGCAGAGUAUGAAAGCGGUUCAAUUAGGUUAUGACUAUUUAGGGGAAGCAUUGCCUUCUUCACAUUGGAUACUUCCCCGAAGACUGUAACAUUCCGGUUUCUGAUUUGCUAAAGUUAUGGAUAGCUGAAGAGUUUGUGCACAACAUUGACACGGAGAACUUAGAGAAAUCAUCCAAAGAUUGCUUGAGUGAUCUAGUCAAUCGAAGCCUUAUAAUGGUUUCUAAAAGGAGAUCUAAUGGUGAUAUAAAAUACUGCAUGGUUCAUGAUCUAGUGCGUGGGUUUUGCUCAAGUAAACUUAAAGAAGAAGAGUUUAAACAGCGCGUUGUGCCCUACAACUCAUCCCAACCUUCAUAUCCAAGCGAUCCUUGGUUAUGCAUGUAUCUCCAUGACAAACUUGUUAACCAAUUGGAGCUGCAUGGAUAUUCAGUGGAUGAGAUUCCAAUGGUGAGCUCCAAAGAAAAGGAGUCUCUAGAGUUUAUCGCUCAUCCGCGAUUCUAUUCAUCAAGAUGUAUGGAUCUUUUCUCUUUACUUAUUAAUUUGAGGCUUAUUAGGGUGUUGCCUUUGUUGGAUAUCAAUUUGGAAAGUGCUUGGGAAUUUCAAAGUUCUCCGGCUUCCAAACUAGAAAAACUCAGUCACUUGAAAUACCUUGCAAUUUUUGACAAAAAAUUUGAUUUCAAGUGGGUUUCACACAUGCGUGAUCUACAAACUUUACCUGUCCGGUCACAUCAGCAUAUAAAGACAUCACCGGAUAUUUGGAAAAUGAAGAAGCUAAGGCAUGUGGAUAUUAGUGAAUUUUCCUUUAUUUGGGAAGACAGUGAUCAAGAAGAAUCUUCACAAACUGUGUUAGAUAACUUAAAGACUUUUGGCAAGUGUCGUGUAUCUGUGGCUGAUAUGAAUCGGAAGUUCUGGUGGAGGUUUCCGAACCUCGAAGAACUCAGACUCUCCAUUGUUAAUUUUCAUGGCAUGCCCGAUCAUUCUCUGUUUCCUACACCGGAAAUUCAUAACCAGCUUCAAUCUCUUGAAAUAAGUUUCCCGAUUGGAUUCUCCAAAUCAAUUGGAUGGUUUAAAUCAGUCUUCCCUUUGAACCUGAAGGUUUUAUGACUUGCUGGCAUCUCACUAACAGAAGAAAUAGUUUCAAGUAUCGCAGCACUGGAAAAACUUGAGUCUCUCAAGUUUUUCUUUAUACACUUUACCUGUAAUCCGCAAUGGGACGUCACAGAUCAUGAGUUCAAAGCACUGAAAUACUUGAAAUUAGAGCAAGUGGAUAUGAAUCAAUGGAAGUCAUCAGAGACAUCGUUUCCCGUGCUUGAGAAACUAGUCAUAAAAGAUUGUGAACAGCUUGAGGAGAUUCCUUCUAGCUUUGCGGAUAUUCUAGCACUAAAAUUGAUUAAAGUGAUCAACUGUAGUGACUCAGUCAGGAAUUCAGCAUGGGAAAUUAAAGAAGAGGUAGAAAACAACCAAGCAAGUGACAGACUCCAAGUUCAUAUCCCGAAGAAUUACUAAAGAUGGUAAGUGAUUUCAUUAUAAUGAAACAUGCAAGAAGAAAAAGUUUCUUUAUCGACUUGCAUGCUAAUUAGCACUCGUCCUCUUUAACUGAUAGUAUGUUUAAAUUAAACAAAAUUUUGAAUGGAUUAUGGCUUGUGCAA